UUUAUCCUGUGUACAUUAUAGCUGCAUUGCUGCUCGCCAGAUAUGACAGCUCAACUGAAUAAAGUGCGCAGAGCCAUUAUAGAUGGAUGUAACCCUGCAAUGAUAAGUGAUUUACUAGAUGAUUUGCGAGAAAAAAAUGUACUUGUGGACUCCGAAGUGGAACACAUCAAAGAGAGCAAUAACACAAACAGGGACAGAUGCCGGGCCAUGAUUGACAGUGUAAAGAAAAAAGGAGACGACCCAAGCAAUAUUCUACUUGAGAGCUUGGUGAAGAAUCACAAAACUCUCGCCAAAAGCCUGGGACUCCACGAACCUCCUAUGGCACCCGUGCCCAUUCAAGAACAUAAUGCGGAUACAAUUAAGAACAAAGACAUCAAAGGUGUAAUUCCUUGUUCUGCUGAAGAAUUCAAGAAAAUUCAGGACACUCAAGGAGAUAAGAUUUAUGAUGUGCGGAAGCGUGAAGGACGGAAGGGCUUGGCUCUUAUAAUCUGCAAUGAAAAGUUUGAGAAUCUGAACGAGCGCCAUGGAGCCAAGGUUGAUCUGGAUGGGAUGACCAAAUUACUAAAUGAAUUAGGAUACCAAGUCCAUCCACAUACAAACUUGACAAAAACAGAAAUGGUGAAGGUGAUGAAGGAGUUUGCUGCCCAGGAGGAGCAUGCAGAUUCAGACAGCACCUUCAUAGUUCUGAUGUCUCAUGGAGAUAGGCAGGGAGUCUGUGGGACAGACAGCAAGAAGACAGAAAAAGAAAAAGGACAGUAUGAGGUGACUAACCUGCUGGAGAUCGAUGAAAUCUUUUCUACAUUCAAUAAUGUCAAUUGCUCUAAAUUGCGGAACAAACCGAAAGUCAUCAUUAUUCAGGCCUGCCGUGGGGAAAAUAAAGGUGGAUUAUUAGUCCGUGAUGAUGUGGCUUCGCCCCCUCUGGAAGAUGAUGGGCUCCAUUUUGUCCAGAGAGAGGCAGACUUUAUAUGCUUCUGUUCUUCAACUCCAGACACUGUUUCUUGGAGAGAUCCUACAAAGGGUUCCGUGUUCAUCACACAUCUGAUUGAGAAAAUGAAUGAAUACGCUCAUUGCCAACCACUGGGGGAUAUCUUUCUUGAAGUGCAGUCCUUGUUUAAGGAUAAAUGCCCAAACUCACGCUCACAGAUGCCCACACAAGAGAGAUGUACACUGACAAAGAAAUUUUACCUUUUCCCAGGCUACUAAUGUAAGGAAUUAAUGAAUGGAUUAAAGAACAUCAAGAGCUUUUUGUUUAGGUUUUUUCCCUCUGCAGCAAAAUGGGUUAAAGAAGAACUAAAGACUAACUAAAGAUGAUAGCCAGAAAUGUUGUACAUUAUGUUUUGUGCUUCUGUACCAGCCCAAGGCAAACACAGCCCUUUAGCAGUAAAGAUCUGUGUCUCCAAAGAUGCCCCAGUAGCUCCUCAUCUUCUUUUCUGCUGAUUCACUGCACAUGCUCUGUGCUGCUGUCACUUACUGAGCUUAGGGACCCACUUACAAUAUAUAGUACACAUAGAAUAUAAUUGUCACAAUAUAAGGCUUUAUUAAUACAGAUAAUUACUACAUCGCAGCUCAGAAACCAGUGCAAUUAGCAUCAGAAUUUAACAAUCAGCCCUGUAGCAUCUGUUUAUAUUACAGACAAACCCCCCUAAGCUUAGCUUCUCAACAGCUGCUCAGAGCCCACCGAGUAUGUGAAAGUCGCAGACACUUUUCAAGAUGGUGACCCCCUGUGACAAGUUUGAAGUUCUGGAUCAUUGCUGCUAUUGACAAGCUGAAACUUUAGGCUGGUGCAAUAAGUUCAGUAUAUAAAAUAUGGCAUUUUUGGCCAUAUUCAUUUUCAGGCUUUAGUUCUCCUGUAAGUGUUUAGGGGUGUCUCUUAUUCCUUACAACAUGACGGUAGCAUUUAAACAUUUUUACCACUGUGCCUUAAAAUAAUGAGCAAUAUUAAAAUAAAAAUACAUUUUUAAAAAGA